AUGCUUCAAAAGCAACGGGCCCGCUCGGCUGUGACUAAAGAGACAUCGAUUCUGUACACAGGAGGCGAAUCCUGUAUUUUCUGUCUUCCUUCUAUCAACAACAAUUAUUUUCUGCUAAUCUAUCUAUCUAUCUAUCUAUCUAUCUAUCUAUCUCAAUAUGUUCAUAUCUAUCUAUCUAUCUAUCUAUCUAUCUAUCUAUCUAUCUAUCUAUCUAUCUAUCCCAAUCUGUUUAUAUCUAUCUCAGUCUGUUUAUAUCUAUCUAUCUAUCUAUCUAUCUAUCUAUCUAUCUGCUUGUCUAUCUCAAUCUGUUCAUAUCUAUCUAUCUAUAUAUAUAUAUAUCUACCUCUCACUCUGUUCAUAUCUAUCUCAGUCUAUUUUAUCAUCUAUCUAUCUAUCUAUCUAUCUAUCUAUCUAUCUAUCUAUCUAUCCCAAUCUGUUCAUAUCUAUCUCACUCUGUUCAUCUCUAUCUCAGUCUGUUCAUAUCUAUCUAUGUAUCUAUAUAUGUAUGUAUGGAUGUAUGUAUCUAUCUAUCUAUCUCAAUCUGUUCAUAUCUAUCUCAGUCUGUUCAUAUCUAUCUAUGUAUCUAUGUAUGUAUGUAUCGAUCUACCUACCUAUCUCUCUAAAGCACUAUUUAGAUCUAGUUGUACGCCAUACCUCAUUACGUUCCUAUCCAUCCAUGUAGUUUGA